CAUUCCGCUUCCCCUUGCUGACCCGGAGCUCCGAGAGUAUGAGGAGCCGCUGGAUUUGGCGGUUCCUGCGCCCUGACGGCAGCGGAAUCCUCUGGACUUCAACUCCCCGUGGGCGACUGUCACCCGCCCUGCGGAGAGGUUUAUUGACCACCACAACUAGGUCGAGUUAUGAUAGAAGACCAGUGGACAUAACUCCUUUAGAACAAAGAAAACUAACUUUUGAUACCCAUGCAUUGGUACAGGACUUGGAAACUCACGGAUUUGAGAAAACACAAGCACAGACAAUUGUAUCAGUACUAUGUACAUUAUCAAAUGUCAGCCUGGAUACUAUCUACAAGGAGAUGGUGACUAAAGCUCAACAGGAAAUAACAGUCCAACAGCUAAUGGCUCAUUUGGAUUCCAUCAGAAAAGACAUGGUCAUCCUAGAGAAAAGUGAAUUUGCAAAUCUGAGAGCAGAGAAUGAGAAAAUGAAAAUCGAACUAGAUCAAGUUAAGCAGCAGCUGACUAAUGAAACCAGUCGAAUCAGAGCAGAUAAUAAGCUGGACAUCAACCUGGAAAGGAGCAGAGUGACAGACAUGUUCACAGAUCAAGAAAAGCAACUUAUGGAAGCAACCAAUGAAUUUGCUAAAAAGGAUACACAAACCAAAAGUAUUAUUUCAGAGACCAGUAAUAAAAUUGACACUGAAAUUGCUUCCUUAAAAACACUGAUGGAGUCGAGCAAGCUUGAGACAAUUCGUUAUCUUGCAGCCUCGGUGUUCACUUGCUUGGCGAUAGCAUUGGGGUUUUACAGGUUCUGGAAGGAGAACUGACACUCCUGUUGGCUGCUGCUGAUCAUUCCAUAGAAUGUACUUAAUACAGGCUCUUCAAAGAACUUGUGAACUAAAUGAAGUGUUUUGGUAUUUUAUUUUUAUGUUGUACAUUUUUAUGUUGAAUAGCUGUCACUCAGAGCCUGGCUUGAGAUAGAAGUGCACUUAUCCUCUGAUAAUGAUAGCAAUAAAAACAGUUUUGCAUUUGA